AAUGCAUGAUGGCCUAAUUCAUUCCCCUCGCUGCGAAACAAAGGCUCCAGAUCGAUCGAUGUAGAAAUCCAUAUAUAGGAGGGAAAAAACAAUACAUACACGCAUACAUAGGUAGAUCCCCAACCUAGCUACCUACAGGCUAGAGCUUCCGCGGCAGUGUCUAUUCUCGAGCACCAGGCCAAGCUGCUGCUCUCUGCACAAGGCAAAGAGGGGGAACAAGUAGAAGGAUCCAGGAUUGCUGCUCUCUCCUCUCCACUCCGAUUGGAAGAGCAAAGAAGCUGCUUCUCUUUCGGUUGCUUUUUCUUCUUCCGAAGAUCUACCAUUCCUCCGAUCCAGAGGAUAUAUGUCCCUGUAAUCCUCGCUCGGGAGCAAGCACUUGCUGCAUCGAUGGAGUUCAACGCCACAAGCAGUAGGUUUUCUAAAGGGGAGGAGGAGCAGGAGGAAGAGCAAGAAGAGGAGGUAUCAUUGCGUGAGAUCCCGUUCAUGACGGCCACGCCCACGGCCGACGCCGCAGCAUCUUCUGCGUCCGCAUCGGCCUCUGCGUCUGCCGCGUCAGGAAGCAGCCCUCCCUCUCGAUCCGGAGACGGCGCCGGAGCCUCGGGGAGCGGCGGCGGAGGCGACGUGGCCGCGGAACCGGUGGAGAAGGAGCACAUGUUCGACAAGGUCGUGACGCCGAGCGACGUGGGGAAGCUCAACCGGCUGGUGAUCCCGAAGCAGUACGCGGAGAAGUACUUCCCGCUGGACUCGGCGGCCAACGAGAAGGGCCUACUGCUCAACUUCGAGGACAGCGCCGGCAAGCCCUGGCGCUUCCGCUACUCCUACUGGAACAGCAGCCAGAGCUACGUCAUGACCAAGGGCUGGAGCCGCUUCGUCAAGGAGAAGCGCCUCGACGCCGGCGACACCGUCUCCUUCUCCCGCGGCGCCGCCGCCAGCGCGCGCCACCGCCUCUUCAUCGACUGGAAGCGCCGCGCCGACACCCGGGACCCUCUCCGCUUCCCAGGCCGUCUCCCGCUCCCCAUGAUGCCGCUCACCUCGCACUACAGCCCGUGGGGCUUUGGCGCCGCUGCCGGCGGCGGCAGAGGGUUCUUCAUACCGCCAUCGCCGCCUGCCACGCUCUUCGAGCACCGCCUGCGCCAGGGCUACGAUUUCCGCGGCAUGAGCCCCGCUGGCAUGGGGAGGCAGCUCCUCCUCUUCGGCUCCCCCUCCAGGAUGCCGCAGCACGCCCCGCUCCUGCCACGUGCGCCACCUCCGCCGUCGCUGCACUACACAGCGCAGCAACAGCAAGGCAUCGGCAUCGUAACCACCGGUUCCCCGGUGGUGCUCGACUCGGUGCCACUGCCAAUCAUCGACAGCCCCACGACGACGGCCACGAAGAAGCGCGUGAGGCUCUUCGGCGUGAACCUCGACAACCCGGGGUAUAGCGGAGAUGACGGCGGCGGCGAGUCGAGCAACUACGGCAGCGCAUCGCAGAUGCCCGCAUCGGCAUGGCGGCCGAGGGAUCCCACGCUGAGGCUGCUGGAAUGUCCUUCGCACGGUGCAGAUCAAGCCUCGUCUCCGUCGUCUUCCUCGUCAUCCAAGAGGGAGGCGCAUUCGGCCUUGGAUCUCGAUCUGUGACCUAAACAGAGGAAUACAAAAGGAAAGCUCAAUCUCUUCUGUUUGUUCUCGUCAUCUCACUUGUCAUGUGGUUCAGUUAUAACCUUUUGAUGAUAGCGGCAGUUAGGAUUUGACAUUUGCCCCACUUUUUGGCACUUGAAUUUUUUAUGUUAGU